AUGAAGAUUAGUAAUCUGUCUCUAUUUCUAUAUGAAUCUACUAAUUUUCUUGCUCUUGCAUUUCAGUGUCGAGAUUUCCACAAGUUGGACAAUAUAACAGAUAUUUGUGAUUUUGUGAACCAAACAGCAAGUUGUGCCAUUGAUGAAGGUUUUAUUACAUAUACCUCAUUUAUAUACUGUUAUUUCUCCACAGAGCUGCUACCAUUAGCUGUCUUUAUAUUGCUGAUCUGGUGGUUAUUGUUAUUUAUUGGAUUAGCUGUAACAGCUGAUGAUUUUUUUUGUCCAGCUUUAACUGUGAUAUCAAAAACUCUUGGACUUAGUGUCACAUUUCUAGCUUUUGGAAAUGGUGCUCCUGAUAUAUUUUCAGCAAUAGCUGCUAUUGGUAAUGCUAAAAAUGGAGAUGCAGGGUUGGCUAUGGGUGCUCUGUUGGGUGCUGGAGUAUUUGUCACAACUGUUGUGGCAGGAGUCAUAGCUAUAAUUUGUCCAUUUGAUGCCAUGCAGCGACCAUUUCUACGUGAUGUUAUAUUUUAUCUGGCAGCUGUCUUCUGGACAUUUUACAUCCUGUGGAAGAAGGAGAUCACAAAAUAUGAAUCUAUUGGUUUUAUAGGGUUAUAUGUAGUCUAUGUUUUAGUUGUCGUUGUUGGUAGAUAUAUUUAUCAGAAAAGUAGGGGACAACCAGCGCCACCUGUAACAGUUGUCACCCAAAAUACUAUCACAGAUGAAAGAAGACCAUUGUUAAAUACAGAUCAAAAAUUACCAGCAUACGUAGACAGCACAGUAUCUGUAGAAUAUCAACCAUAUAGUUCAAUAUCUCAUUUCUUUAGUUCUCUUAAUCCUAUUGAUAGUGCUGCCUGGCAGAAAUCAUCUUGCUUUGGUAAAAUAUAUCAUAUAUUUAAGAGUCCAGCGGUAUUUAUGUUAAAGUUAACUAUACCAGUUGUAGAUUAUGAUGUAGAAAAUCAUAACUGGUGUCGAUAUUUAAAUGCUCUCCAUCUUACCACUGGUCCUAUGUUUGCUAUAUUUUCUACUAAAUGUAAGUAUUACAAUUUGAGACUGAAGUAUAUAUUUAAUGUAUAUCCAGUAUGGGCUAUAAUAUUACCUAUAGGAUUAUUACUAACAUUAUCAGUUAUAUUAUCAUCUAAACAUCAUCCUCAACCAAUAUAUCAUCCUUUAUUUGCCUAUUUAGGAUUUCUAGUAGCUGUUAUAUGGAUAUAUUGUAUAGCUAAUGAAGUUGUCAACAUUUUACAGACUUUUGGUAUAGUAUUUGAUAUAAGUAAUGCUAUUCUAGGAUUAACAUUUUUAGCUUGGGGUAACUCUGUUGGAGAUUUAAUAGCAGAUACAGCAAUGGCUAGACAAGGUUAUCCUAGAAUGGGAAUAUCAGCAUGUUUUGGUGGACCAUUAUUUAAUUUAUUAUUAGGUAUUGGUAUACCAUUUACUAUUGGUACUAUCAAACAAGGUGGUAGUUAUAAGAUCAAUCUGACAUUAGAAGAAUAUGUAUUAGCAGGAUUCCUGGGAUUCAGUCUGGUAUCAUCUCUAUUAAUAGUAUCAUUAUCUAAAUUUAGAAUGUCACGUGGUUGGGGAGUUUACCUGAUGAUUCUCUAUGUUGUAUUUCUAGUCAUAGCUAUCUUGGCAGAAACUGGUGUCAUAAACGCUCAAGUUUAAUAUGUGUAAUUUGGUUCCUGCAAUUCCACUCAAACUACAUGUUUGAUGAUGACACUUAUUGUAUAAUGUAUGCUUUAUCACAUAAGGCCCUUCGUAAUUAAUUAGUGACAUCAUCUAACACAUACAUUAGUGGAAUUGCAGGAACCACAGAAGCCUGAUUGAAAAUUAGAAUGGUAUUUGUGUUAGUGCAAAUAAAAUGACACUGGAU